AUGAGUGGUAGCAACAAUGUCACAAUCUCUAUGCCGGGCCCUGCUUGGGGGGAGGGCUGGAAGAUGCUAUGGCCCACCUCCGUCAACGACGUCCAGCUUGACAUCGUCGGCUUCCUCGCGAUCCUCGGCGAAGGCUCCGUGACUGCCUAUGCCCAGGUCGCUGCCUUGUCGCGCUUGUUCCUCAUCCCCAGGCUGAUUCCGGCCCCCCAGGCACUAUUCUAUACGAGGAGACCCGAAGCGCUUCCCGCAUUGCCAGCUAAUGUGACCGCUGUGUAUUCAGGCAUGGCCAAGCGCCAUUUACAUCACGUUGCUGGUGUGUUACUCGAUUACGAGAUGAAGAACUUCACUGUCCGCUGCGUCCGGGUGAAGAAGAGGAAGGCGGCCAAUCAGUACGAACCCUCAUGGAGAGAUCGAACCCUGCGCGGUCGGCCUGCCAGUACCCCGGCUCUCGAGAUGAAAGACAUGGAUGGGCAUCCCGAACUGCCAGUCAUCGAAGGACCUGCGGCUGAAGCAAUUGGACCACUGACAGCAGUGACUCUGCUCGGUUUUAUACUGUCUUUGGUACUCUUCACCAUGUCAAUCGUCUGCGGCGAUGGUUGCUCCCUCCUGGCCACCAUAUGCCUAUCAGUUCUGUCGACAUUGGCAGGCAUCGUCAACUACUGGACCUUGCACCUACCGCAGGUGGUGAAAAAAGGUUUCAAGCCGCCUGGCGACACCGUGAUCCGGUACCCCAAUGGAAGCUAUUUGGUAGUGAAGUGUGAGGAGGAAGUGGCGCGUGAGCUCUUCUUUGCACCAGAAGAAAUGGAGUACUGGAUUAAGAGUCAUGCAAAGUACCGUCUGAUUUCUCUGGUAGGAACGUUGCUUCUGAUGUUUGGGGUCAUCGCUCUAGCGAAUGCCAGGUUAGAGCUCCAAGUCGCUUGGGCAGGGGCAUACAUACUCAUCAACGCUGCUUAUUGGGUCGUCGCUGCCCUUCCGCCAAGAAAGCAUUGGGACCUGACAAGCUACAUCGUGGACGAGGAAGGCAUCGAAGGCGGACCUGACAGUAGAAACUUCACCCAAGCUCUCCUGAAGGCAAUUGUGCUUGCCGGCUCCGGGGAUUGGACGACACUAGGCGAGCCUGCACUGCCCAGGACUAUUGCGUGGGACAGAUGGCUGCUCGAGGUGAAAGACCAACUUGAUAAACUCAAAGUGAACAAUGAGAUCGCUUAUACUGGACAACUACAAGAUCCUCUGCCCAUGCGUGCGUCCAGGGAGACGAUGCCAGGAUCCGACGCGCUGAUACAUCCAGUGCCCAAAGCACGAGACCACAACGGGAAGCUGGUGCCAUGGGAUGCGAAGGGAGCGUGGGACGAGAUUAGUGGUCAAGACAAGAACAGUCGGGGCAGUAACACCCACAGCAGUAACGUUCACGGCAGCAAUGGUCAAGGCAGGAACAGCCACUAUGCGAAUGGGAGUAUUGUUUGA